GAACAGGAAGUGGUGCCGGAGGCGGGGCCUGAUGUGCGCCGCCGAGGCUGCGUGAGUUGAGGGGCUCAGGACAGAAGACUAAGCACAUGGACUGGAAAGUGGAAGGGAGUGCUAAGAAAACAGACUCACGCGUGCUGCAGGAGCAAGAAGUCAUCCUAGAGGAUACAGGCGAAGAGAGCAUCUCCGAAAGCUUCCAGCUUCUACAGAUCGAUGUGGAAUGCGAGCAUCGGGAGGGAGAGACGCUGCCCACAGGUGGUGCAGUGUGGAGCUCAAAAAAUGUCCAAAGAAAACAGAGACACUGGGAAAAGAUAGUUGCGGCAAAGAAGAGCAAAAGAAAGCAAGAAAAAGAAAGAAGAAAGGCCAAUCGUGUAGAAAAUUCAGGCAUCUGCCCCCAGCACAGCAAACGUUUUCUGAGAUCCUUAACCAAGGAGAGACUUUUGGAAGCCAAACACUCAGGACCAAGACUCUGUAUUGAUCUGAGUAUGACCCACCACAUGUCUAAGAAGGAAUUAAGUAGACUGGCUGGACAGAUCCGAAGGUUGUAUGGUUCAAAUAAAAAAGCCGACAGGCCGUUUUGGAUCUCCCUCACUGGAUUCACAACAGACAGUCCCUUGUAUGAGGAGUGCUUGAGGAUGAAUGAUGGAUUUUCUAGUUAUUUGCUAGACAUAACAGAGGAAGACUGCUUUAGUUUAUUUCCUCUGGAAACCCUUGUGUACCUGACUCCUGACUCAGAACACGCUCUUGAAGAUAUUGAUCUAAACAAAGUUUACAUCCUUGGUGGACUUGUGGACGAAAGCAUUCAGAAGAAGGUGACCUUUCAGAAAGCCCGAGAACAUUCUGUCAAGACAGCCCGCUUGCCAAUCCAGGAAUACAUGGUCAGAUGCCAGAAUGGGAAAAACUAUCAUUCAGAGAUAUUGGCCAUCAAUCAAGAGGCAUUUUUCAUUUUCUUCUCAGAUUCCAGCUAUGUUAAAGAUCGUGGAAAUUUUUCCCUUGGCCUAAAGUGCCCUGUAUUCAACCCAUCAUUGAACGUAUUUGAUAUCCUGGCCACAUACUUUGAGACUCAAAACUGGCCUGAAUCAUUGAAGAAAGGGGUUUCUUCCAGAAAAGGCUACAUUCUUCAGAACUCAGUGGAUGAUGGACAGCCUAAGGAGCUGCAGAAGGCAAAGGUGCUGGAGGUGCCUUGACUGAAAAGCAGAGAAGAGGCUGGCGAAAGCACACACUUGCCUUUACUUGACAUCUUGGAUCUUCACUAGAAUAUAAGUUACUAAUAACAGGGACCACAUUUUAUGCUCUUUUCUAUCUCCAAUAGUGCCUAGCUCACAGGAAGAGCCCAGAUAUAUGUUGACUAAGUAAAAAGUUUACAUAACAAGGAAUUAGCCCUCAACUACAUGGCUUUGGAUGUAUUAAUUCAUCUUUUAUAUACCUAUUUGUGAAAUACCUACUCUUUAGAGAUAGCUAAAAUAAUUAAUUGUUGUUGUAUCAAAAAUUUAAUUUUCACUCAGCUGGCAUCAUAAAGUUGUAGCACUUUC